UUCGUCUCGACGCUUGAAAAGCCAUGUGCUGCAAGGAAGUAAAGAGACAGUGUUACGGACGGCGGUAACAUGUGCAUCAAAGAAGCACCGCAAAAUGGACAAUGUCAGUGUCAAGUUAAUAAUUUUCAAUGAGAUGGCAGCCAAACAGACGGAUCAUACUUAUGGAACGAUACUGGAUUACAGCGAACUCAUUGAUUUCAGUUGAUUUAUCAACCUUAUUUCCUUUGGAUAAAAACAGACACUAAUUAUGAAACAGUUUUUCUCGUCGAGUGAGUGUUAAUAGGUUUGCUGAGAUGCCUAUGUUAUAUAUAGUCAUAGAACUGAUUAUUGCUCUUUUGUCUAUUGCUGGAAAUAUUUUGGUGUGCUGGGCCGUUGCCAUCAACACUACAUUGAAAAACGCCACGAACUAUUUUUUGGUGUCUUUAGCAGUAGCAGAUAUUCUGGUCGGAUGUCUUGCUAUCCCCUUUGCCAUCACGAUCAGUAUUGGGCUGAAUUCGGACUUUUAUGGAUGUCUUUUUUUAGCCUGUUUUGUCUUGGUUCUGACCCAAAGCUCAAUAUUUAGCCUUCUGGCUGUUGCAAUUGACAGGUACCUGGCCGUCAAAAUUCCACUCAGAUACAAGGAGCUGAUGACAGGCAAGAGGGCCAGAGAGAUCAUCGCCAUUCUGUGGAUACUCUCUUUUGUCAUUGGUCUCAUUCCCUUCCUGGGGUGGAACAAUAAGCAGGAUGCCUGCAGGAAAAACAGCAACGUCACAGAGGACAGCUCUAACCGAACUCGGAGAGGGAGCGUUAGCGGCCCCAUGGACAGCUGUCACCUGCCCUGCUUGUUCGAGAGCGUGGUGGACAUGAGCUACAUGGUGUACUUCAACUUCUUCGGCUGCGUGCUGCUGCCCCUGCUCAUCAUGCUGGGCAUCUACGUGAAGAUCUUCAACGUGGCGCGCAAGCAGCUGCGGCAGAUCGAGCUCAAAUGCAUCAACGGCGAGAACUCGCACAGCCUGCUGCAGCGGGAGAUCCGGGCGGCCAAGUCGCUCUCCAUCAUCGUGGGCCUCUUCGCCCUCUGCUGGCUGCCCGUGCACGUCCUCAACUGCAUGAAGCACUUUGUGGGCGACCAGGGGCGGCCGCCCUUCGUCAUGUUCAUCGCCAUCGUCCUGUCGCACGCCAACUCGGCCGUCAACCCCAUCAUCUACGCCUACCGCAUCCAGGACUUCAGGAGAACCUUCCGGAAGAUCCUCUCCAAGCACGUCCUCUGCCGGAAGGACGAGAUUUACCUCGGCUCCAACGGCAGCGCGAUCAACAGAGAUCAGAUCAAUAUGACCAUUGACCCGUUGCUAUAGGGACCAGGAGGGGGGGUGAGGAGUUCCUGUAGUGUUUUGUGUUUUCCAAAGGCCAAUCAGAAGUGUGGAGAGAAAUGUUUACAGAACAAUGGGAUACAAGGUGUGGACUGAACUGGUUGAAUGUUGAGCACAAUGCCUUCAAUGUAGGUCUUUCAUUUUGUUAAAAGUGCUGAAGAGCCAAGGGGACAGGUCUUGAAUAUUGGGAUUUCUUUGUACAUAUUGAUUUGAAGAAAACCCAAAUUUUGUAGGUCGUCGAGAGUUUUAACUGGACAGACAGUACUGUGGCUACCACGAUCUUUAUGAGAUUUGUGACCUGAAUUCUACCCCCUGCCCAAACCAAUAUUAUCCUUGAGUACAUAAACUUGAAGCUUCUUUCUCAGCCUUAACUUUGUCAGAGGAAUAAUGUGGUCAGUGUUUAUAAUUUAUUGUUGUCGUUUAAAAAAAAAAAAAAAAAAGAAUCAGCCUGUAGCAUUGAAAUUGGAGCAAGACAAAUGUGUGUUUUAAAAAUAUAUUUAGAAGUACACAUGACUCUUGCACUUGCACAAAACCAAUCAAGUGGAAUGGUGUCUGUGGGCUUUUGUAAACAUGAAACACCUGUCGAGAAGCUCACAUUUAUAGCAGUAGUGCGACUUUUUGAGCUGCCAACACUGAAUGAAGAAUGUAGAAAGAAUUAAAUAUGCUAGCUAUCGUGGAUGGACCUCCAAUGAAAUAAUCCAGUUUUUUUUGUUUUUUUAUGUGACAUGUACAUUAUAAGUUAAAAGAAACUGGUGUGGUGUGGUAAUAUUAUGGACAAACACUUGUACACAAGAGCAGUGAUAUUUUAUAGUAAAGUACCGUGAUGUGAGUGUGUUGGUAACACUUUUGUGUCUGUGGUUCGUAAAUGUUAAUUUAGCUCAGCUCAGGAAUAAAGUCAUGUGUUGACUGUAAAAAGCAAAAAUCCCACAGAACGAAUCCUUGCGGACAGGAAGAUGUGAAAUGCUGCAAAGUCUUAAUGUUACAAGAUAAACGAAAAGUACCAUUUUGUGCUUCAAAACAAAUUUUCCCCUUCCAAUGCAAACCGUAUCGUCAACAGACUCACUUAUAUGAAUUUAUUUCAAAAUUGGUAUUAGUUCCUGACAUUUUACAUACACUCAAAUUUAAAGUAACAGAUUUUUUUUGUGAGACAUGCAUAAAUAUAAAUACCUGUUGCUUAAAAUCUGAGAAAAAUUGGAAACUGCACAUAGCUACUUCGCUGAAGGAAGACUGAUCUUGUUGAAACAAAUCACUGGGGGAAAGUUCAUGCUUCAUGCACAGCAUGUUUUAAAGAAUACAGACCCUAAAAAUGCUCUACAUCUGAAUCUGCGUAGCGGUGCCUAACAUUCCACCGCUUCCUUCCAACCCAAAACCCGGCAACCCCCACACACCCGCUCCCAAUUCCAGCCUGUCCGCGAUUAGAGGGGCCACAUUCUCCCUGUUCUGGCUCAGCCCCCUGACUCUGUUGAUCACUGCAAAGUCGACCACCGCUGGCUUUCCCCCCGAGGCAGCGUGCGCCAUGGGAAAUAGCGUGUCACAGGCCUGCUGGAGCUCAACCAGUCAGCUCGAAAUUAGUCACUCUUUCGGUUUGCUAGGGGGCCAUUUCCAUGCGACAGAUCCCUGUGCACUGCCGACAUCAGCUCAUUACCCACCUCCCCUAGUAUUUAUGCAUUCAGACAAACCUACACUAAGUAUACAAUACGAGUUGGUCGCUCCUUGCUCUGAAAUAACCGAGUAAACACUACACAGACCGCAGGACAGAAGCCACCGCACCGCACUAGUCUUGCAGUCGGAGUGAGAGGGGCGGGGCCUUUUUUUGCACUGAUGUCACAAAGGGCUCAGACGUCCAGCCACAUGCAUACUGUAUAUCCAGUUGGCCUGCCCCCAGUGUACUGAACUUCAGUGCAGCUGGCAUCUGCCAACCAAAAGGCUGCUUGCCAUCUGUCAGAACUGGCUGUCAUUGAGACAUCCAUGAAACCAUUAUGCAACAUGGACUUGUAAUGUGGAGGGUGGUUUUUACUUUGUUUUAUUUAUACCAUGUGGCAGACAGCUCAGUUGUUGUUUUUUUGUUUGUUUGUUGUUUGUUUUGUUUAAGACAUGAAACCUUCCAGAAACCUUUCAUGGCAACUUAAGAUAAGAAAAAAAAUGUGGACAUCUGGUCUGACCAACAGGGCAUGUCAUAAGAUUAACUCUGUAAUGUGCAAUUCCAGCUUGUUGCCAUUCAUUGAGCUGGAUUGUAUGAGAAGUAUUUUCUUGAAGUAUUAAAUGGUUAAAUGUCUAGAAAAGAGCAUCCUGGUAGAGCGGACUCCCCAAAGGAAGGUUAUGUACAUGCACUGGGACAGACUGAUAAAGCAAUCUGAAGACACAUUCCUUUCUCAUUCCAAUCAGUAGACUGCCAGAUGCUUCCCUGGUCACACUAUAAUACACUAGCACUGCUGAACUGAGGCAUACUGUGCAGGAUUUUUAGCCUUGCUGUGUUUACCAUCAAAGAAUCAUCCUCAACCCUGCCCACUGAACUCCGUCUUUAUAUUUCAAAUCAGUUUUUAUUUGAACCCAUUAAAGUAGUGGGAGUUUUGACAUUUCUUUGGUACACGUUGUCAAGCUAGGUGAUGAACAGAAAUCUUGACAUUUUUAAUAUCAGCCAAAGUGAGGCUACAGCCGUGGGCUUUUCUUACAAUACUACUUUUGUCAUUAAUCACAAAGAGUUUCUUUCUGCACCACCUCUGUGGUCAAUUACUUCGCAUAAUAAUUUUAGUCUUCAGUCAAACAGAGUAUGGGUUAAUAACUUUUCCAAUAGCUGUUGCCAUUGAGGCAACGCAAUUCCAAAAGCUCCAGAGAAACUUGACAGGUUCUGAACCCACAGGUUCUGUAGCCGCACACACCCCGCCCAGAAAACAGCGUCACUCCCAGAAACAUCCUGAACACAUCUUAGAAGAAAUACAGGCAAAGGAGCAAGGAUUUGGCAAGUCAGUUCAUUGAUAUGACUGAGCCUGGUAAUUUUAUACCUUCAAGGCAAAAAUCCUGCAUAAUUUGUCUCUAAUAGUGAACUUUAAAUCUGUAGAAAUCAUCCAAAUGUGCAUCUUCCAAAUGUACUGAGGCCCCUUCACUUUUAUUGAUUUUAAGUGGUGGACAAGAACGGAUUCAUGACCAUCGCAAAAACAAGUAAAUGAUGUUAUGGGACACUUGCAAUCCGUUUCCAGGCAGAAAUAUAAAUUUUUAAAUAAGCCUCAUGGCAUCAUGGGUUGACAGUAUUUAUUUAUAAUCCCAUCCAUUGUUGAUGAAGCCAGGAGAUGCUCCCUCAUAAAUCCAAGGGCUAAAAUGCAGUGUACAACAUCCAGUGUAUUCCAAUGCAGAUAUAGUGCCCAUCUGUCCUGCACUGUAUUAACUAUCCCCUGGCAGCACAUUUCAUUAUUUGUGUUACAAACAUGUUUUGUGGGGUAAUCGGUCCCCCAACCAGUUUGCUGAUUUUGGAAAAAAAUACAGACCAAGCGUCUUCAGUUGAGCUGUUCUGCACUGGGAAGACAAAAUGGCUUUCAUGAGAUACAUUUUUGCCAUGUGACAGUAUUAUCACUACACAGUGUGUACAGAGGGCCAUAUAACAGUGUUUAAUAUUCUCUGGCAAAGGUUAAUUGUCACACCACAACAUACUUAGCGCAACUGUAAACUAGUACUGUUAUUUAACAAAGGAAAUCCUAUGUAUGGUGACUUAUUUUGUUAAUAAAAAGAUAUGUUUGAGUAGAAA